AUGACGGGAUCAGGAAAAACCAUAGUCACGGAGAGGCCGAGGACAGGGCAGGCAGAGUUCUUGUUAUCCGAUAAACAGGGCAGGCAGCUCGGUCAGAGCGGAGAUCAGGCAUUACAGUUACUGGGCUUCUUCAUAUCCCUGAUUGGUUUCAUUGGGACGAUUAUUGCCACCGUACUCCCUCACUGGUGGAGAACCGCUCAUGUCGGCACCAAUAUCAUUACGGCCGUGGAAUACAUGAAGGGCCUUUGGAUGGAAUGUGUAUGGCACACCACUGGAAUCUACCAGUGUCAAGUCCAUCAAUCUCAGCUAGCACUUCCCCGCAAUCUUCAGAUCGCACGAGGUAUGAUGGUGACAUCUUGUGUCCUUUCAGUCCUGGCAUGUGUUGUCUCUGUGUUUGGCAUGAACUGCACCCAAUGUGCCAAAGGGUCUUCAGCGAAGAAGAUGAUUGUCAUCCUUGGUGGGGUGGCCUUUCUCUUUGCUGGUCUUACAUGUCUCAUUCCAGUAGCAUGGUCGACCAAUGAUGUUGUCCAAGACUUUUAUAACCCAGCACUUCCUUACGGGAUGAAGUUUGAGAUUGGCCAAGCUCUCUAUGUUGGCUUCAUCUCAGCAGGUUUGACAAUAAUUGGUGGAAUUGUUCUUCUCUUUACGGCAUGCCAGAAGGACAUUCCUCAAGUAGCCUACAUCCACCCUUCACGCAACCUGAGGAGGGUACCAAUGAGCAGGCCAACGCCAGUCUAUAAAAGUAGCCAUACACCGACUUGGUCAUCUGCAUCACGCCAGGGUUAUCAGAUUAAUGACUUUGUCUGACUGGAGCAGAAUCACUUGAUCCAUUUCCAUUUCAGGACGUUCUUGAAUUUGUUAUUAUAUCCUUGCAAUGUUUACUGUAUUUCUAGAACAACUAGAUGGAAUCUGAGAAAUGGAAGGACUUGUACAUAUGUAGUAUUGUGCCAUGUUUUAUAAUAAUUUAUUCCACUGAAUGCACAUGGAUAAAUCAUGUUGCUCUGGAUAAGUGGGAAGUCUGGUGGACAUUCUCGAAAUUACCAGACCUCCCAAAAAAAAAUAAUAAUGUACAUUUUUGUUGUAUAUUGUGAGUGUUGUACUGGAGACACAAUAUCAUUUUUCCUCAUGUAGGUCAUGGCUAGUUGAUCUUAUAUAUUUAUGACUGCUCAAAAACUUGCUCAGUAUCUAUCUAUUUUUGGGUCAAUGAACCUUUAAGGGGUUCUCCAUAAGAAGGAACGUAAAUAUGGAGUGCAGAAGCUGCAGGUGGAACUCGGAGCUGGAGGUUAAGGAGCAAAAAUGUCCCUCUGAAACAUAUGAUAUACAGUAUAUGCUAAAAGUGGCAUUUGUUAUUUUGGAGCUGUGUUAAAGGGGUUGUCUGAGAUAAAGGGGUUUUCUGGGAUUCAUAUGUUGAUGGCCUAACCUUAGGAGAGGUCAUCAAUAUCUGAUCGGUAGGGGUCUGACACCCAGCACCUUCACUGAUCAGGCCAGUGACAUCACAUUCAUAGAUCACGUGGCCUGGGUGCAGCUCAGUCCUAUUGAAGUGAAUGGGGCUGAGCUGCAAUGCCAAGCACAGCACAAGACACCAAGACUGCUUUGGAGUAAUCCAGGAGGAAUUUUCAGUGCAGUGUGCACCAUGCUGUAGCAUACUUGACAACAUGACCUAGUAGGUUUGAGGGAGGCAGGGGCGGAUUGGGAACCUAAAGUGGCCCUGGAAAAAAAUACCUAAAAGUGGCCCCAUAUGAUAGGCGGGUCUAAAUUGACAGGAGGCUGGGGCAACAAAAGUAGGCGCAGUCAGCGAUACCAUAGAGCAGGGGUACUCAACUGGUGUACCGCGGUCUAAAUACGGACCGCGGAUGCCAGCUGUCCGGACCCCUGCCUAUCCCUUCCAUAGGAAGCAGCUCUUUAGGCUGCUUCCUAAUCUGCCAGUGCGCCGGAAAGAGCUGGGGCACAAGCUCCUACCCAUGCAGGAGCUGGAUGGAAGGGGAGGAGCACGCUGAGGGAGACAGGUUCCUCCACAUGCAGGCACCGGGACUUGUCUUUCUCAGCGCUUUCAUCCGGCGCCUGCACGUGGAGGAAGCUGUCUUUCUCAGCGCGCUCAGUCCCUCCGCUCCUGCAGCAGCGGCACGUAAGGUGCUGCUGGAGAUGAGGCUGGACAUCACCACUGCCACCAAUGGAAUAAAGUCCACAGUUUGGGGGUGGGGGGUGAUGUCUGAGGGGUACAGACAGGGCGGGAACGCAUCACUGACUGCAGGAAGGGACUCCACAGUAUCAGUGGCAUAUUCCAUCUUGCCUGUGUCUCUUUCUGUAAUGGUGACAUAAAGAUAAGGCUCGAUUCACACCAUGAUAUUUUUGUUCCUCAUCCAAUCCCCAUUAUUGGUGGAUUGGAUGCGGAUGGGGCCGCAAAAGAUGCAGAGAGUACACGUGUACUGUCUGCAUCUUUUGUGGCCCCAUUGAAAUGAUGGGGUCCGCAUCCAAUCCACCAAUAAUGGGGAUUGGAUGUGGAACAAAGAUACAUAUGUCUGUUCUGCGGCUAGGGUUGCCACCCGGUCAGUAGCUCACCGGCAAGGCCGGUAUUUUAGUGGCCCUGCCAGUGGCGGUAAUUUUUUUCUACCGGCAAUAUUAAUUGCCGGUAUUUUUGCAGCGUCCCACAUCAGUGUGUAAAUGGGACACUUUAAACAUCUGCCUAUGUAUUUGCAUUGUAUGGUAUUUCCUAUUAUCAGGCUGGCAAUGUCAUUACACCCAGUCCCCCCUAGGUGGUGCUGUCACCACAUAAUAUAUAUAGCUUGGGUGUGUCUAGCUGUGUGAAGAACAGGAAGUUAGUAGUUAGUGAGAGGAGGAAAAGCAAGUGUACAAAGGAGAGAAACAGGCAUCGUCCACCAUGUAGUCUGCUAUUUCUUCCCCUUGGUCAUGCCCAGGCUAAGGGAGUACAGUGAACAUUUCUCUACAGCAACCAAGCACCAGACAGUAUCUGCAGAGAGACUAGUGAGGGUAACAGCUGAACACAGCUUAUGGACCAUAUCAGCACAAGUGACCAGGAGUAGCUUUACGAGUGCCUGGACACAACUGGAUGAUUAAGGCCAUAAUUGUCCUUAUCCACUACACAAGCCUUCCGGGACAUAGUGGAAAAACCUAAACCUUUUUAGGGGAGCAUCCUGCAAAUAAUGAAGCAGAAGUGUUUGCCUGCCGUGAGGGGAACGCCCUUAUAGGAUAGCUCAAGAUAAGUAGAAAACUGCAUAUUCAGUACCAGGGUGAUAUAGUUUGGACAUAGAAUAACUACAGAAGUCUGGCCUGUAAAAAGUCAAUCCUAAAGAGAACUCCUCAACUGACAAUUUCCUA